GCGGGGUCACAUGUUUACCUGCGCAGGUUGUCUUGUUGCCAUCCUGAGAGAACCAGGACUGAACCGAAGGAACUGAAAGACCGGAAGUGUCUCUUUUGGUCCUGCUGACACAUUCCAGGAUGCGAGUGAACAACGUCACAUGCGGACCUGGUGAGGAUGUCCUGACCGGCGGCUUCUACAACCAGUGGGUGGGGCUAACCCUGGCUCUGCUCUCCGCCAUCCUGAUUGGUGGCAGUGUCAUCCUAAAGAAGAAAGCUCUCCUGCGAUUGGCCAGCAGGGGGCAAACUAGAGCAGGUGAAGGAGGUCAUGGCUACUUGAAGGACUGCUUGUGGUGGAGCGGCCUGUUGACCAUGGGCGCUGGAGAGGCCUGUAACUUUGCGGCCUACAUGUUCGCUGCAGCCACGCUGGUGACGCCGCUGGGAGCUCUGAGCGUGCUGGUCAGUGCACUUCUUUCCUGGUUCCUGCUGGGAGAGGUACUGAACGUGUUGGGGAAGCUGGGAUGUAUUCUUUGUGUGCUGGGAAGCGUCCUGCUGGUGAUCCAUGCCCCUCAGGAACAGGAAGUGACAUCACUCCAGGAAAUGAGUGCCAUGCUGUUGCACCCCGGUUUCGUGGCGUUCAUGUUGUCCGUGUCCCUGCUGUGCGGCGGCCUCGUCUGCGUCUCAUGGUUGGCGCCUGCCGUGGCACGUUCCAACGUGCUGCUCUAUGUUGCCAUCUGCUCACUGCUGGGAGCGUUCACGGUGUCCUCCGUCAAGGGCCUCGCCAUCGCCAUCCGCAGCGUCAUCCAUGAUGUCUCUGUGCUGUCACAUCCUCUCACCUGGAUCCUGUUGCUCACCCUCCUUGUCUCCAUAGUAAUGCAGGUGCACUACCUGAACAAGUCUCUGGACACGUUCAACACGCUACUCGUCUACCCCAUCUACUACGUCCUCUUCACCUCAGUCGUCCUGUCCACCUCUGUCGUCCUCUUCCGUGAAUGGAGCAACAUGGCAGCCGUGGAUAUCGUCACAACGAUUGGCGCCUUCCUGGUCAUGGUGGUGGGUGUGGCCAUGCUCCAGCUCUUCAGAGAGUUGCAGGUUACCGUGACGACGCUGACCAAUCAGCCGGCUCAAUCUGUGGAGAGGCGGGAGCCUGCAGAUGUAGUUGUGGACAAUGGGGGCGGAGCAGUACAAAGAGGAGGUGGGGCUACCAAAGACGAUAAAUACACACUGAUGGACAACAUGGUGGUGGACAAUUGCCCUCCAGUGGCCAAUGAAGGACUGACAGUCUUCAUCAUCAGCUGACUCCUUCAAGGUCAUACUCAAGGUCACAUAUUCUGCACAACAAUGUAACAUGUCAUUUUGAAAAACCUUUUGUCAUUUUGAAAAACCUGACUUUGAUUCUUCAGUACGUGUCAGCUAGCAUGUUAGCUAGCGUGUCGGCAAGGAAACACGAGGAGGUUACUUGAAACAAAUUUAUUAGUAUUUGUAAACAAGCACGUUCAUGUGAAGUUCAUUCCGGGAAGCACAAACAAGAACAAGCUUAUGGUGAAAUAUUCAAAUCAGUAUGCUAAUUAGCUUCAUUGUGAUUGGCCCAAAGACAAAUGGUCAGGGUCAAAAGGUUGCGUUCAUGAGUCCUCCAGUGAUGCUGUGAUGAAAGCAAGGGAGAUGAAGGAGAAGAAAAAAAUAAGAUGAUAGAAAAAAGGACAAGGAAAAUAAGAAAGGAAGAAGAACAUAAGAAAGAAGAGGAAAGAAAAAGGAACCAGGAAGAAGAAAAACAAAAGAAAUAGGAGAAAAAGAAUAGAAGAAUAAGAAAGGAAGGAGGAGAAGUGUGUUGCUUUCAGGUGCACUCAGUUCACCAGUGCUGCUUCCUGUAAUGCUGGAUGAUUGUCAGGUGACUGCAUCCAAUCAGGUGUCUUGGCGCUGGUCACAUGACAUUGGAGGACAAUCCCAAACUGGCAGCUUUACUCAUGCAUGGUAAACCUUGAGCGCCGGAUCUUGGCAAGUCAUGCGCCACCACUCGGCCGUUCUCUCCCACCAGCCCUGAAGCCCCGCCUCCUCCAAACCUGCCCGCUGUGACCCCGCCCCCUGCGAGCGCCAUCGCUCCCAGGCCGCUGCUCAACAUGGCGGCGUCAAUCAGCUCCUGGAAGAAACCACACCGACUACAUCAGCUCAGUGGAGGCUGCUGAAAGUGUGCGUGUGCGUGUGCUCCCAUUCCACUAAUGAUGUGGAUGUGCCUCAAGGUGACACUCCUCAAGGUGAUUGGAACAAACAAAUCCCAACUUCCUUCAUUUGCUCCUCUUAUCUGACUUGACCUCCUCCCCAUCCUCACUAUCUUUAUCUCCUUUCAUUGGUCAUGAGUCAACAACAACAACAUCCCAGUCCUAUAUCACUUCCUCCAUCUUAUCAUCCUCCAUCAUCCUUCUAUUCAUCUACUCAUCAUCUUUUCAUCAUCAAUCUAUUCAUCAUCCACCCAUCGUCCAUCUUUUUAUGCUCCAUCUAUUAAUCAACCAUCCUUCCAACCAUCUACCUAUCAUCAUCCAUCAUCCAUCGAUUUAACAUCUAGUCAUCAUCCAUCCAUCCAGCCAUCCAUCCAUUCAUCAUCCAUUCAUCCAUAAAUCCAUCUUUUCAUCCUCCAUCCACCUAUUCAUCAUCCAUCCAUCCAUCAUCCAUAUGUUUGUCUUCCAUCCAUCUGUUUAUCAACCAUCCAUCCAUCUACUCAUCAUCAUCAUCAUAAAUCCAUCAUCCCAUCCAUUCAUCAUCCAACCAUCAUUCAUUCAUUCAUCAUCCAUCCAUCCAUCCAUCAUGACAUCCAUUCAUCAUCCAUCCAUCCAUCUAUCCAUCAUGACAUCCAUUCAUCAUCCAUCCAUCCGUUCAUCAAUUCAUCAUCCAUCCAUCUGGUCACCAUAUAUCAUUCAAUCAGCCAUCCUGUAUCUGUUCAUCCAUCUAUCCACUUAUCCUCAUCUAUUCAUCCAUUCAACCAUUCAUCAUCAGAUCUAUUCAUCCACACAUCCAUCUAUUCAUCAUACAUCAUACUGUACAUCCAUUCACCAUCAUCUUUUCAUUCAUCUAUCUAUUAUCCAUUUAUUAUUCAUUUAUUCAUUUAUUAUAUAUGCAUCCAUCCAUCCAUCAUUAAUCUAUUCUUUCAUCAGCCAUCGAUCCAGUCAUCCAUCUAUUAUUUCAUUGAUUCAGCCAUCUAUUCAUCCAUGUCUUCAUCCAUCCAACCAGCCUGCCAUCAUUCAGCAUCCAUCCAUCCAUCCAUCCAUCCAUCCAUUCAUCUAACCACGACACUAUGACAUCAGCAACAGCAGCAGCAGCAGCAUCGACAAGCUCUUAUGUCUUAAGCCCCGCCCACACAGCCAAGGUCAUGAGUUACCUUCAUCCUUUUGGACUCCAAGCGUGACUUGUAGCAAAACUCCAACAGCGCCACCAUCAUGGCCAAUCCCAGUCCUCCAAUCAGGAUGUAGAAGAUGCCUGCCACGUUGCUCAAGCUGAGAGCGCUGGUCUUGUCCUAUCAGAGCAGAGAGGCGGGGUCAUGGUGUUGAUACAACUUAAGAUUUGUGUGAUGGCCUUAUUAGCACCUUCAUUUAGCAUUCUUAUGUAUUUAGCGUUCUCUGUCUCCAUGGUAACAGAUUACAAUUAAUGAGGGGCGUGUCCUGCAGGAGGAGACGUGCAUGGUACAGAAAACGUCAAAGGUUAGCGCUGGAUGUCUUGUUUGAUUGGCUGGCGAUGACAUUGCUGCUCUUUUGUCACAUGCAUGACCUCAUUAGCAUGCAGCUCUCAGGAGGCGGGGCCUGUGUUGUAAAUCCAGGAAGCCUAUCAGAAUGCUUUCCUCUCCAACUGUCAUGUGGUCGAUGCUUAUGCACUGGACUCUGCAAGCCGUUGUUCGAGUCCUUUAUGCUUGCCAUGCAGCAGCAACCAUGACAACACUCACGUCAAUUGUUGACGUCCAUGACAGAUUGGAGGCAAAAGCAGCUUGCUUGUUUUUGUCCUCGUUAGAAAAUGUGACCUUUGGCAUCAUGGAUAAAAGUAGGCGGGGCUACCUUUGCAAUGUCAAAUGUCACAUUCCACUAAGUGAGUGGAGCUCUGCUGGUCAUGCUGGACCUACGAGGUGUUCAUGCUCCUCGUCAAGAAAAAAACAACAAAACCGCUAACGGCUAACAACUAGCCUGGCUGUGAUCUCGCUCUACGAACCCAUUUUUUUGGUGACUUCCUGUUGUUGUUAUACUAACAAGUUGUGCUUUGCGUAGGUGCGUAGGUCAUGCAAAGGUCAUGGAGGACGUUUGUUGUCAG